AUGAAGCUCUACGUCUGCUACUCCCUGCUCGUGGCAGCCUUUGCCGCCUGCGUGUCGGCCUCACCCGUUGCCGAGCCCGGGCCGGCCAUCACCCCUGCCCCCGGCGCCGACAAGAUCAAGAGGGCCACCAGCUGCACCUUCUCCGGCUCAUCUGGCGCCUCGCUCGCCAGUGUCAGCCAGAAGUCAUGCGCCACUCUCGUGCUGUCCUCGCUCGUCGUCCCGUCUGGUACCACUCUAGACCUCUCCAGCCUCGCGGAUGAUACCACCGUCAUUUUCGAGGGCACGACAACCUGGGGCUACAAAGAGUGGGCCGGCCCCCUCCUGCAGAUCGAGGGCAAGUCCAUCACCAUCCAGGGCGCAUCCGGUGCAGUCCUCGAUGGCGGCGGGUCCAAGUACUGGGACGGCAAGGGCGGCUCGGGCGGCGUGACGAAGCCCAAGUUCUUCUACGCGCAUGGCCUCACCUCCUCGACCAUCACCAACCUGCACAUCCAGAACACGCCCAUCCAGGCCGUCAGCAUCAACGGCGCGGACGGGCUCACCAUCACCGGCAUGACCAUCGACAACUCGGCCGGGACCAGCAAGGGGAAGAACACCGACUGCUUCGACAUUGGGAGUUCGUCUAAUGUUGUUAUCACCGGUGCGAAUUGUUAUAAUCAGGAUGACUGUGUUGCUGUUAAUUCCGGAACCGGAAUCACUUUUGAAAACUCGGUUUGCUCCGGCGGUCAUGGCCUGUCAAUUGGCUCGGUGGGAGGCCGUUCCGACAACGUGGUUGACACGGUGACCUUCUACAACAACGAGGUCAAGAACUCAGUAAAUGGGAUCCGAGUCAAGGCAAUCGAGGGCGACACUGGCACGAUCAAGGGGGUUACCUACCAGAAGAUCACCUUGUCAAGCAUCUCGAAGUACGGCAUCCUGAUCGAGCAGGACUACGACGGAGGAGACCUCGACGGCGGCACUCCUACCUCGGGCAUUCCCAUCACGGGCCUAACCCUCGACACCAUCUCCGGGUCAGGCGCUGUCUCCAGCAGCGGGUAUGACGUUGUGGUCGUCUGUGGGACAGGUGCUUGCACCGGGUGGACCUGGAAGAGCGUCACGGUGACGGGAGGCAAGAAGUACGCAAGUUGCGCAAACGUUCCGUCUGGCGUGGCUUGCUCGUAG